AUGUCCUUUCGCGACGGUCCAAACCCCCUCCGUCCUUACUACGUUCCUCCCUCGAUCGGUCUUGACCAAGACGCCGCGUUCUCCUCGCCUCCCAAUGCUUCGUCCGCCCAGGUCUUCGGAGGCUCCGCGCGCGACCUGCUCCCCGAUCUGGAUUAUUCCGAUUACCUCGAGAGCUCGCCGUCCGUUUCAGGAUGGGUCCGAGAUGCUUUGGAUAGCGCUGUCCGGCGUUAUACCCAGGUCUUGACGGCGCAGCCGUUCGACGUCGCAAAGACGAUAUUGCAAGCAUAUGUGGUGCCCGAUGACUCUUCGGCAGGGCAAUUUCCCAGAGGCGAUCGGUAUAGAUCAGAGAGGGGUAGUAGAACUGAUUCUUACGAUGAUAUGGGCUCCGAUGAGGAUGAAGAAGAGGACCUAUCUUCCGACGAUGAGAGCAGCUACUUCACAUCUGCAGCUCCCACAGUCUCAUCUCCGUCUGCUCGACGUACUUCUAAGCCCCGGCACCGUAUCACCGACCGUAGCGGCUAUAUCGCGUCUUCCUCGUCCUCCAAGUCCACCUCGCGGCACGCGCUCACCAUCAAGAAUCCCUCCUCGUUGAUGGAGGUACUUUCUCAGCUCUGGACCACCAGCGGCCCUACCUCGCCUUGGAAGGCGACCAACGCAACUUUCAUCUAUUCUUUACUGCUCCCUACACUGAACACAUUCAUUCGGAGUCUUCUGUCCGCCAUCGUGGGAUUACCGGAGGAUGACAUUACCACGUCCAUGGCGAGCGAUAUCCUCACCUCGACUUCUCCGAUGGCCACCCUGGUCCUCUCCUUCAUCUCCUCUUCCCUGUCGGCCCUGCUCCUGUCUCCGAUCGACACGGCCCGCACAUACCUCAUUCUAACACCCGUCACCCACGGCCCUCGCUCCCUCCUCCGCGCCAUCCGCCAGCUCCCAACCCCCAACUACACUAUUCCCGCGCAUCUGGUCCCAAUCACCAUCCUCCACUCUGGUUUGCCCAACUUGAUCACCGCUAGCACCCCGUUGUUCCUCAAAUCCUACCUCUCUCUCGAUCCGGUCCUACACCCGUCCUCUUGGAACCUAUUCAGCUUCAUCGGUUCCGGAAUAGAGCUAGCUGUGCGCUUCCCUCUUGAAACCGUUCUUCGCCGCGCGCAAAUCAGUACAUUUACCUCUCCAAGCAUCCGCCAAAACUCCGCUAGUUCCCGUUCCACAGCGUCAGACGCUGCAGCCCAGGCCGCGGAAAUCGAAACUAUCGUGCCUACACCACAAACAUACCGCGGUGUCAUUGGCACGAUGUGGAGCAUUGUCUACGAAGAAGGCGUCCAGCCCACCCCAGAAGCUCAACGUGCUCAGGAAAUUCUCGGCAAGCCCGUUUCCCACCGCAAGCGGCAAGGUCAAGGCUUGCACGGCCUCUACCGGGGCUGGAGAAUUGGCAUGUGGGGUGUCGCCGGGAACCUAGGUCUCGGUCUACUUACAGGCGGUGCCGGUGGUGCAGAUGAUGGCCCCAUGCCCAGCGGUGGUCGUUUCUGA